CUCCAAGUAUCGCCCAUUGAGCCUAAAUUCAGCUGCAACACAUCCUCGGAAUCCUAGUGUAUCGGCAGUAAGACGGAGGAUUGUCCGCCAUGUUAUGCCGUCACGCGAAACGAGGCAUGGAGGUAGGUGCAGAAUGCUUGAUGUCCUUAUUGAGAGGCGUAGACGGCUAGAAUGUCUCGAACCAUUUGCCACACCAAAAGGCAUUCACCAAAUCUCAACCGUCUAUGAGCUGAAUCAUCGUAAUCAGAUUCUACUUGUCUUUCUGAGCACUAAUCAACAUGUCCCAAAGCAGACCGGAGGUCCAUUUCACCUCUUUAAACAGCCCUCUGUCGACUCGGUCUGAAGUUGUGGAAGCAUGUACCUCUUUAUUGAGACCUCUUCUACCUUUCUUCUCACCGGGACGAACAAGGCUACGUUUAGGUGCCACAGCCACUCGUUACGAUGAGGCAGGGGCACAACUAGAGGGCUUCACCAGGCCCAUGUGGGGUCUUGGAGCACUGCUUGCUGGAGGUGACAGUUUCCCCGAGUCCGAACUCUGGCUAGAGGGUCUGAGGAAUGGAACAGACCCGAGUCAUUCAGAGUUCUGGGGUUAUUCGAAGGACAUGGAUCAACGAAUGGUCGAGAUGUGUCCAAUGGCAUUUGCAUUAUGCGCAGCACCCAAGCAGCUUUGGGACCCAUUGACCGAAAAGGAGCGAUUGAACCUACAAAAGUGGCUUGAUAUCAACAAGAAGGAAAUGCCAAACACGAAUUGGCUUUGGUUUCGUGUCUUUGCCAAUCUUGCACUCCUCAGAAAUGGAGCGGAUUACGACGCAAAACGUCUCGAAGCAGAUCUCGAUCACUUGGACACCUUCUAUCGCGGCGAUGGGUGGUCGAAUGAUGGCCCGGAACACACGCUUCAGAUGGACUACUAUUCUGGUUCCUAUGCCAUUCAAUAUCUUCAACUCUUGUACGCAAAAAUCAACGGAGAUAAAGACCCUAAGCGCGCAGAAGAGUACAAAAAUCGAGCAAAGCUUUAUGCGAAGGACUUCAUGCACUAUUUUGAUGAGCAAGGACGAGCAAUAACAUUCGGACGGUCAUUGACAUAUCGUUUCGCCAUGGCGGGCUUCUGGGCGGCUGUUGCAUUUGCGGAUCUCGAACUCGAGCCGCCUUUGACCUGGGGUGUAGUGAAAGGACUCUUGCUACGAAAUCUGAGAUACUGGUCACGGCAGCCAGACAUCCUGACUGGAGCAGGAACAUUCAACAUUGGCUACACUUACCCGAACCAAUUCAUGUCGGAGAACUAUAACUCGCAUGGCUCGACCUACUGGUUCAUGCUAAGUUUUGCUUGUCUGGCAGUGCCAGAGAUGCAUCCAUUUUGGAAAUCGACAGAAGAACCACUACCCGUGAACUCGAUACCUGCAAUCCUGCCUUUGAAGCACCCCAAGCACAUCAUGGUCAGACGCGGAGGACACACUUUCCUGCUUUCAUCUGGACAAAUGUGUCACUAUCCAAUGCGAGCCUCUGAGUCCAAAUAUGGCAAGUUCGCUUACAGCUCAGCCUUUGCAUACUCGGUCCCGACAGGAGGUUACUUUGUCGAAGCAAUCGGCGGAGACAACACCCUUGCGUUGUCGGACGAUGCGGGGGAAACCUGGAGAGUCCGAAGGAAAACACUAAACGCAAGGUUGGAAACUGAGGACAAUUCCCCGGUGCUCAUCUCCACGUGGACGCCAUGGGAUGAUGUGUCGGUUGAGACAAUCCUACUUGCCCCAACCGAGGACGCGCCGAAUUGGCACCUGCGUGUGCAUCACAUUACCACAGGCAACCGAACCCUAAAGACGAGCGAAGGUGCGUUCGGGCUAGAUGGAGUAUCCCAGAAGGACGAACGAGAGCUUCCCCAAAUGACCGGACAAGAUACCGAGGGGCGAGUCGAGGGCGCGGGAGAGACUCUAGCUGUCUCCAGGGGUGGUGCUGUGGGGAUAGUCGAGUUGCAUCAACCACAGCGGCGUACCGGACGAGUCCUCGAUGAAGAUUCGAACAGUAACUUGACGGAAUGCAGGUCAGUAUUGCCAAGUCUAGCCAUGGACCUGCAGCCCGGCAUAGACACUUGGCUAGCCACCGCUGUAUUCGCUAUGCCAAACACCGUUCCGGAUUACCGACAAAGGUGGAAAGACGGAUUCCAAAACCGCCCGAAGAUACCUGACUGGCUUAAGCAAAAAAUGGCUGGCUAAGGCGGCAUACCAACAUGUGCAGUAGCAGCUCGGCGUACUGUCCAGUUCGGACUCGGCGACCACAACAGCCCUGCUGUAAAUUGAGUAAAGCUUGAGCCACCUACGACACGUCUUUGCUAAUGGAUGUGGAUGGUCUCUUGACUUAGUAAAAGUCUGGCGCGACUUGCUUCGAUAGCAUUACCAUACCCUUGUGGCUCCCUUCAGCAGAACACAUAACUUUCCCACCACCAAUCUAUCACUCGAAACUUGAUCACAAGGCUCUGCAGAGUGUCUGCCCAACCAGAAAUGAAGACAGAUAAGUGACGCUGUAUCUGGAAGGUCGUCAGAAGGCAUCUCGGUGGGCGAUCCACCGA